AUGGAGCAGGACUUAGAAGUGUUUCAGGAACAAGCUGUCGCUAAAGCUUCUCCAUGUGAAGCUGAACUUCAGGAAUUAGUGCAUCAAAUUGACAUCAUGAUGAACAGCAAGAAAGUGGAAUGGGAAAGGAAGAUGAAAGCUUUAGAAGCAAAGAUGGAUAUCCAGGAUCAAGAACUAGCAAGUGCCCAAAGCAAACUGGAUCAAAAAGGUCAAGAGGUGGGACUACUUCGACAGAAACUGGAAGACUUACAGAAAACUAAAUAUGAAAUGGCUCAGAAUUAUGAAACUCAGCUUCAAGCACUGCAAUGUCAAUUUUCAAAGUUGACACAUAGUUAUGAAAAGCUACAGUCACAUCAGUUAAAACAAAAAAAGGUUGAAAGUAGAGAAAAAUGCGAGGAAAGCCUAGAGAUACCAUCUGAACUGAGCGAUUUAUACAAGAAACUGGAGGAAUUUAAGGCAAAAUCAAGAGAAUGGGAUAAUAAGGGGACGAUCUGCCAAAAUUAUCUUGUUUAUUUAGAUGCUCAACAAAAAUUAUUGUUCAAGAAAUGUAAUUUAUUUGAGAAGCAGACCCAGAAUUAUCAAUUCCAAAUAAGCAAUAAGAAACAAAACCAAGAAGAGGUAAUUACCUAUGGCCAGCCCAAAAGUGAAAAGGAUGAGUUGGUUAUUGAAAAGCUAAAGGCAACUGUGAAUGAAAUAGCAAUAAACAAGAAUAAACUAGAAGAGGAAAAUCUGAAACUCCGCGAAGAUCUAAAAAUGUACCACAACCAGUGCCAGAACAUGGAGGCAGGCUUUUCAGAAAUGAGAAAUGAGCUGCAGUCACGGGAUGCUCUCUGUAGAAGGAUACAACUGCAAUGCCAACAGUUGCAUACAGAAUUAUUGAAGAUCAGAGAGUAUAAAGAUAUGCAGGAAAUUCAAAUAAAGCAUCAAUCAUCUUGUGUACAACUUACUGAGCAACUACAAAAUAAAAACACUGAGUUAUUGCUAUUGGCACAAAGUCAAGAACACCAACAACAAGAGCUAAACAAGAUAAGAAACCAUGUUUAUCGAGAGGAGCAGUCCCAUCGCUCUGAGCAGGAAAGGAUGAAGACAGAAAUCUCUGACCUGACAGAAGAGCUUCAUCAGAAGGAGAUCACUAUAGCAACUAUCAUGGAGAAAGCUAGUCUUCUGGAAAGACAGUUAAAAAUGGAGCUAGAGAUAAAAGACAAAUUGUUAGCAAAACAACAGUUGUUGGAUUUCCGAUACAAAGUUAUCAAAUCUGAAAACACACAUCUAAAAGAGAUGAUGGAAAACCAGGAGUGUAAAAGUUGCACGAGUACAGAUUUAUCUAACAAAGAACAUGGAAAUUUCACAGCUUCCAUUCACAAACUGGAACAUGAGAAUGUAAGAUUACAAAAUAGUCUUGUUAAACUACAAAAUGACACAGAAACAUCGAUACUGGGUCGCAUGGGUACAUAUGGAGAAUCAGAGCACAGCUACCAAACCCAUUCAAAGAUGCAAGAAAAGGAAGAGAGAGGUCAUGAAAAGAAAGUAGUUUAUAAACCUCCAUCACCACCAAUGGGGAAUCCUUUGGGCUUUGGUGGGCCGUUUCCUGAAAAGGGCAGAACAGGCAGCUUACUGAGCCCUGCUUACAAUGCAGAAGAAAUCAAAUUACCAGAGCCCUAUACAUCAGAAAGCCUGUCUCACUCUAGAACGAUGUCUCCCCCUGAGAUGUCCUUCCUUGCAACAACAGAAAAGUUCCUUCAAGAGGAAGAAAAACAUACAAGAGACUUUGAAGAACGUUUAAAUUCGCACCUUGAAGAACUGCAAAGACAUUCUGAAAGUACGCUAAAAAAAUAUGCCAGGAUACAGCAAUGCAGGCAUACUUAA